UUCCUCACUGAUACGGAAAGUUAGAGGUCUGUUGCUACGGGACUUCAGUCAGUUGUUACGCGGUGAAAGUUCACCCUAGAAAAAUAAUAGAGAACCUUUACAACGGUUUUGAGGAAGUGUUGUGAAAUGCGUUAAAUAUGGUGAACCGCUUGAACAUGACCUGGGAAGCGCUUAAUUGAAGUCAUCACUUGAAAGGUUGCUCUACAUGCGGUGCGAUGUGGAUGGCGACACAGCCAAGGAGGGGGCCCCAUCCUGCGUAACACUGGACUAUCCUUGGUGUUUUCACAUCACCUUAAGACAACAAUGUUACACCUUUACUGUGGACAACAAAGGGAAUGUUCUAAGGGAAAUUUUCAUAUUCCAGAAGAGUCACAUUUGAACAAUAAUACUAGACUGCAGCAAAGACGAGAUUUAAAUUAUGCCUUAUCAGCCGGUACCAGUUCUGCAGCACCUCAGGAAGACUACCUUGGAAUCACAUUUCCAUUACAGGAUCAGUGUUCUUUUGUGUCUGAGAGCAAACAGGAGACAAUGUGUCCACUGCUGUACAACUUGCUGAAAGCAAAUCCUCCAGAUUCCAAAUCCCGUACCUCCCCAUGUCCUUCGUCAGAAGAAAUUUUGACUGAAAUGAAUUCUGAUACUAAUUUUUCAGAUAUGAACUGCAGGGGUGGGCAAGUGAAAAGUUCCCAAACUGCUCUUAACUGUGGCCAGACUACAACACAACACCUAGAUCAUUCAAGAGGAACUCAUUUCACCCUGCGUCAGCAGCAGGUCUCCCCAUCCUCUGUUAGCGCUCAGCUAUCCAUAAACAAAGUCUCGACGGUUGAAGAAACGGAACCUAUAGAUGACCAAAAACUGGACUUUAUUGUAAAAAGGCUUGCAAAAUUAUAUAAAAACAAAAAUAAUGGACACCCACACAUCAAUAAGGGGUGGAAUUUUUGCACUGACAGGAACUUGACACUCCCAUCUGACGGCAUCAUGUCCAACAGUGUUGCCCAUCUCCCUACAACCUCUGCCUCUGACAAAGAUGAUGUUGAAAGGCAAAGUGCUGUAAUUGCGCAGCGCACUGCUGCAGCUGGACAAAAAGGAGAGGACCGUUCGAAGGGGAGCAAAGCAGAUGCUGAUUUGCUUAUCAAAUCUAAAGAGACAGGUUAUUGUUCUACAUCUGUAUCAGAGAAACCUUCAACAGGUACACUAAUCUCUGCUGUUGGAGACUCAUCACAUGCUUAUAAAAAUCAAUCUUUUGAGAACCGUGUAUCUGCAGCUUUGGAUUUGCCUGUAAAAAAACACUUCGACGUAACUAUGCAUGCAAAUGGCAAACUUUUUUACUCAGAUCACUAUAAAGACAAAACAUUUUCCUGUAGCAAUGAUGAAAGUUUCCGUAGUAAAUAUUAUGAUAAGCAUUUACAGAGUGGCUUGACCACUCUUCAUUAUUCAUUAACUGCACUAAAGGAGUUGAUUGCUAGUCUGGAGAAUGUAGAAACCAUUGCAGAGAUGGACAACUUAUCUAAAGUCAUACUGCAACAAUAUUGGAAUGGGAAUAUAGAUAACGUUCAUCUCUUUACAUCCACAGAAUAUCCACAAAUUAUGAUGAAAGUUGCUGCCAAUUGCGCCAAGAGUGAAGAUGAGAGUCCGGUGGUUCUCACCGCAAUGUCUGAAGUGACCUUGGAUGAACCGACUGAGAAGCACUCUUCAAUGCUCAACUGCCGCUUGCCACAAGAAGAAUAUAAGCCUCUUCAUUUAAAUAUCAAGAAUUUGGAUGACACACACCAAGUGCCUAGUGUUGGUUGGUUCAAAUAUAUGACAGAAGAGGAGAAAGGAGAUGCAGGCCUUAAACCAGUGGAGACACUAGGGUUGGACAAUGUGCACACAAAGUCCAGUUUAGAGGUAUCUGAAAACAAAAUGCUCCUUGAAAAUCCAAAGAAUAACCUUGCUAAACAACAUUGGGAUGUUGGCAAUAAGGAUGUAAUUGCACAUCCCAAACUAAAUUCAUCAAUUGAUAACAUUUUUCACGUAUCAAUGCAAAGUGAAAUGGUGUGCAACCAAACAAGUCGUGCAGGUGUGAGGGAGGAUGCAGGUUCUGUGCUUUCACAGACUGAUCUAAGGACUGCAGUUUAUGAAAACAAAGUCAAAGAACAUGCCCCUCUAUUUAAAGGCAAGGGUGAGGAAGCACAUCUUGUACAAAUUUUAAAAGAUCCAUUUUAUGAAGACAUUUCAGAUGAAGACAUCAAGACGUCACAACUGGCCAAAAUCACCCCAAACACAGAGCAUGCGGAAUCAAGCUUUGCAGUAUAUUAUGAAGACCCACAGUAUGAAGACAUAAGUGAAGAUGAAAAUGUGCAGAUGGAGAAUAUGUCUGUGGAGAGGCCUUUGCUUACACAAGUACCUGAACGCAACGACAAGCAGUCACCAUUGGAAAAUAAAGGCCAUGAGCAUGGUCAGACUCACAUGAAGAUGGCAGUCAUUUCAGAUAUAGCACAACAUUGCUCUCCAUGUUUUAUGGAAACUGAUGACUUUGAUUUAAGUCCUAAGUGCGACAGUAACCGCCAUCUGGGAUUGCCAACAAACCACUCUAUUUCAUGUAGUCCUUCCUCUUUUUUGAAUGAUGAGACUGAUCAGAUGGAGGAGGAUGAUGACUGGACAGUCAUACCAAUCAGCAUUUCAGACCUUAAAUUUGAAAUGGAUGAUGAAGACCAAGACAGCCCAGAAAAUGUUCUGCUAGAUGAUGAUGAAACUGGAGACAAAGAAAGAUCAUAUGACAGAAGUUCCACACACCAUGAGUCACCGUGGCCAGCUCCAAAACCAGGACCAGCUUCUGCUUCAACAGGAAAGCUAGAGGUGUUUGACACAAUUCAGAGCUUUCAACAAGCAAAAUGUUUACAAUUUAAGAAUAUAUUCGAGGUGGUAUCAGACAAGUGCCUAUCUGAACAUGAAGUGGACUCUGGGGGAGAAGCAUAUAAACUUCAGAACAGGAGUGAGUCUGAGCAUGAAGACAGCUGUGAUACUGAAGACAGUUGUGAUUACUCAUCAGGACCAGAACAUAACUAUAUGACUGUGCACAGGAAGUUUUGGAAGAAGAGGUCAGCACCUCUGCUCCCAGAGACUGAUGAAGAUGUGUCUGAAAGAGAGGGUGAAGAUAAUGAUGUAAUAAUCAUUGAUUCUGACACGGAGGAUGGUGGUGAUGGACCAUAUAGUCAACAAAAGAGACAAUCACCUGAAACUGUGAACAGUUGGUGUGGAACUACUGAAGAAAAGUUUCCAAAAAACAGACUGCCAACUGAAAUGGGGUUUAAAGAAGUGACGCAGGAUGCUUGCUCUGACCGGUCACACAGUACGGGCGAGAGUGGGCAGCCGAUUGAAACCAAAGCUGGCUCUGAUCAUGUUAAACAGAAGACUGACAGGCAAAAGAUUGCUAAAAAGGAUGAUGUAAUAAUCCUUGAUUCUGACACAGGUGAUGACGAUGAUCAAAACUACAAAAAGAAGGCAAACAGGAAGAGAUUCUCCUCAGGCUCAACAGAUGGUGGUGAUGCCCCCUGUGUUCAACAAAAGAGGCAUGCACCUGAAACUGCAGGCAGUCGGUGUGGAAAUAUUAAAACAAAGUUUAAAAAAAGCAGACUGCCAUCUGCAGACUCAUCACUGCCACAGCACCAGUCUAAAGUUGAUGAUACACAGUUUAAAGAAGUGAUGCAGGAUGCAUGCUCUAAUCAGUCACACAGUGUAAAAAAGAGUGGGCAUCUGAUUGGAACUAAAGGUGGCUCUGAUCAUGUUCAACACAAGACUAACAGACAAAUAACCUCAAAAAGAAAAGUUUCCCAUGAUUCUGAUGAAGUGCUUAAAAAAGACAACUUCAGCAAAAAGAAGACAAAUACAAAGAAUAUACUCCCAUCAGGAUCAGAGGACAGUUGUGAUUCUUUAUUUGCUAAACAAAGCAGUCCUUCAACUGAAACUGUGGAUCAUCUUUGUGGAACUGCCAAUGAAAAGCCUGAAAAAAACACUCAGUCAUUUAAAGAUUUACCAGAGAAGCAGCUGCAGUCCGUGGACACUGUGAGUCAGAAUCCCGUGAUUCCUCGCUUUCUUGUUCAGUGGUCUCCCCAACCCAAUGACUACUUGCAACUUUUAAAAGAAUCUAGAGUCCACAGGCAGGACAAAGAUGAAACCCAGGGUCCAAAGCGUCCCACACCAACCAGAAAACAGACUGACUCCAGUGGAAUUAAUAUGACUCAUUUGUUCAGAAAUAAAAAGGGAAGAUUUGUAUCCAAACCACAACUUGCAGAUGAGUUGCACCAUGCAACAAAGAAUAAAUUUCAGGCCAACGUAACAAAACCCAAACUUUCGUCACCUAGCCAGGAAGGCCCACCCACCUCCACCUUUAGCUUUUCUUCUUGUGGAAAAGGUUCUGAAGCCAGACAAAGCUCAGCCUCCCAAAGAGGUUUGUCUCAGUCUGGAGAAACCUCCACCUCUUCUAGUCUUCCUAAAUCUAAGCAGAAUCCAUCUAUUCCCAGAAAUGUGUCUUCAUCCACUCUACGGAGGUCUCACUCUAAUGGCAACCCCUCUACAUUAGAUCAUCCAUACACUCCUACACAAGGUCAAUCAUCUGCAACCAUGCAAUCAUCAGCAAGGAAACAAGUGACCGCAGAAUGGCAGGACGGCUAUUACCCAACCAGGAGAGACAGAAAAACUAGCCUGGGGAUGGAGGAUGACUUGAAAACCACAAAUCAUAAUUCUGGAAGGGAAGCUAGACCAGGACCGAGGCACUAUGACAGGGCACCCAAACUGAGGCGCAACUUAGAUUCUGCAACCCCUCUGAUGAAGAAGUCCCAGAUUGACGCCAAACAGUGGACAAAGGCCAUAACUCGUGAUGCCCCAAGGGAACUAGGCUCUGGGGUGAAAAGUCACAGAAGUGGUCAAAGAACAGUGGCCACGCCAACAAAAGGUGAUGCUUCCAGGAUCAAGGAUCAAGGUUUUGGCAGGAAGGGGAAGAAGCGUCGAUCCACAAUUCCCCUGUGAAGGAAAAAGGUUCCUGUGUCUACAAAUCAAGUUUGUUUGGCUCCCACAGAGACGGGUGGUUGAGGGGCCAGAACAGCAGUUACUGUUGUAACUGAAAUUUCUUUGAUUUUCCAAAGCAUGUGUAUACUGUACAGUGACAGACUACUUUAUACCUAUUAGAAAGCUGAAUAUUCUGUGUUUUAACUUUGUGUGUAUAUGUGUACUGUAAAUAUAUUGUAUCAGCUCUUUCUGGUAAAGUCAUUGUUUUUGAAUGUUUUGUUUUGGUGUCACCUGGACACCCAUGUUCUUUUACCAGCUACCUCAAAAUAGAUAUUCAAAUUCAGCAUUACUUUGUUAAAUAUAAAGGCCUGUAUACAUCAGUCCGAUUUUUUUUAAGUUGAUAGUGUUUUUGUACUUGGCUCUGAUGAGAGAAUGUUGUAUUACUUUUUAAAAUGUUGAUGUCAAAAUACAUAGUCUUAAAUGGA